CAAAUUACAAAUAGCUAGAAAGUUAUUUUAACUGAAAAUUACAAUUAACUAUAUCAAUAUUUUUCAAUUAAAAAUAAUUAUCCUUAAAAUUAUAGUGAUUAACAAAAUGCAGUUGCUAAUAGCUAUUGGCAUUUUUGUUAUCUGCAUCAAAGCUGAUACUUUAGAUAAAUCAUCUCUAAGAAUAAUUUCAGACAGUAUUAACGAUUUUUCCUCACGAUUUUCUAAGUAUUUAGGGGAAAGAGAGAAAUUUAAUUAUGUUUCCUCUCCUUUGGGACUUGAUUUGUCACUGGCAAUGCUAGCUUUUGGUUCUGAUGGAUCAACAUCCGAAGAGUUGUACAGAUCUCUUCAUCUGCCAUCAGAUCCAACAGUUAGUCUCAAUGGAUAUCAGAAUUUGCUCAAUUUAAUAAAAGAAAAUCAAGAGAGCAGUUUAAUUAUCAGUCCGAAAAUAUUCAUACACAAGGAUGCUGUAAUAAAUGAAUCUUACUCAAGUCUGAUUGCUCAAUACUUUCAUUCAGAAAUUGGACACGUAAAUUUUGAAGAUCCAAUUAGUGCUGCAGGUGAUAUCAAUUUAUACACUUAUGGUCGCACCCGAAAGAGGAUUCAAACUUUCAUUACACCCGAAGAAAUAUAUCCCGAUGAAUCAGUGAUGUCGAUAAACGUGAUAUAUUUCCGUGGGAAAUUUUUGCAGAGCUUUAAUAAGUCUUUAAUUAAUCAACCAUUCUUUACUGAUGAAACGAAUGCAAGAAGAGUGAAAUCAAUGUGUGGAAUGAUGAAACAAUUAUAUUAUGGGGAAGUUCCAGAAUUGAAAGCUUCAUUCAUUGAAAUACCGUAUGAAAGUCGGGAAUUAACGUUACUCUUGAUGCGACCAAACGAAAUCAGUGGAGUCAAAGAAUUACAGAGAAAACUUGAGAAAUUUACAAUAACACGAUUAUUAAGUUAUGGAAAUUUACGUGAUGUUUCAGUGAGCAUUCCUCUCAUCAAUGUCGAAAGUUAUUUGAACUUCAAAGAUAUUUUGCAGAAAAUGGGUAUUUAUAGUAUUUUUGAGGAUUACGCAAGUUUCACAGAAUUCUUCGACGAGGAGAGAAAAAUACGUUUAGACAAAAUUACUCAAAAAGUUGUUUUCAAUAUGGACGAGGAAAGAACAUUUUUCAGUGGAGCAACUUUUUACUCCCAUCCACAAAAUGGACCAGGUGACAUACACUCAACUCUUUAUACAUUUUAUCUUGAUCGUCCAUUUUUAUUCAUGGUUUUGCAGAAAGAUACUCUCAUUCCUAUAAUUAGUGGACGUAUUAUAGAUCCCGAACCAUAUGAUUCAUGGAGGAUUUAAUAUUUACCCGAAAAAUAAAAUGUUUAUGGCAAAAUUAAAAAAAAAUGGCUAUUAUUUACCUUGGACAAAAUUCCCAUUAGUUAUCGUCAGAUAAAUUUAAGUCUUU